AUGGCGCCCAAGAAGAAGAGCGGGCAGAGGGCGGGGAGCCGGCAGGGAGGGACGGAAGACAACGCCGAGCCGCAGCUGUCGGAGCGCGCGCAGUACCUGCAGCGGGAGUACAAGCUGCUCUCAGAGCAGCUGGACGCCUGUGAGGAGCGCUUAGACCUGGUACUGCAGGAGAACGCCUUCCUGGACUGCGAGGCGCAGCGCCUGCGCGAGGAGAACCGGCUCUACGCCAGCUACGUGAGCGCGCACGCGCAGCGCUGCGCCAAUGCCAUCGUCCGACUUGAGGACCAGAACCGCGUGGACCUGACGCAGAUCCAGUGGCAGCGGGCCGAUCUCGAGUCUCUGUAUCACGGGCGCGAGGACGGGGUGCGCACGCAGCUGCUGGAAAUGGAGGCGCGUGCGGCGCAGAUGGCGCAGCGGGUGCAGGAGCUGCAGCCUUACAAGGAGCUGCAGCUGGAGCAGCUGGCCCGGAUCCGGACGCUGGAGCGCGAGCUGCUUCACAUGAGCGUGGAGCAUACGCAGCAGCUUCACCGCGUGAAGCGGCUCUUCCUGGAAGACAAGGCGGCCUUCGAGCGCGAGGCGCGCCAGCGUGUGCAGUCGCUGGCACGGCGCGCGGAGCGGGAGGCUGCGCGCGCCCUUGUCAUGCACACGCAGGCCAUCAAGGCAGAUAAUGAAAGGCUGCGGGAGGAACUGCUAAGGCUGCUCAGCCGGGCCCAGCUGCUGCAUGACAAACGGCGCCAGCUGCUGCAGCAGCGUGAACAUCUGCGGCGUGAGCACCAGGAUACAUGGGACCUGGCAAACGUGCACGGUUGGCUGCUCCGGGGAGCCAGGGGCCCAGCACUGUGGCGACCGCCCCCGCCUGCCUCUUGCCUGGGGUCCUUUGCCUCCCCCACCGGCACGUCGCACACGGCCUCCCAGAACCUGUCGCAGGUCUCUUUGACCGCGUUCUCUAGGAUCCCAUCACUGAUCCCGUUGUGUACGGGCUCCAAGGCCCCGUCGCUGGUGUCAAUGAAGGAGAGUUCAAGGAUCUCAUACCAGGACCUGCUGCAAGCUAAUGCCUGGGUCUCGUCCUUGGCCCCGACCCACCCUGACUCCCAGUUCCCAUCCUUUGCCUGCUCCCGCCCUGGCUCCGGGGUCCCAUCCUUGGCCCCGUCCCACCUUGAUUCCCGGAUCCCAUCCUUGGCCCCUACCCGCCCUGACUCCCGGUUCCCAUCCUUCGCCCGCUCCCGCCCUGACUCCGGGGUCCCAUCCCUGGCCCCGGCUGGCCCUGACUUCCGGGUCCCGUCUUUGUCCCCGUCCCUCCCUGGCUCCUGGAUCUCUUCACGGAUGCCAUUGCAGAUGGCCUCACACACCACUCCCACUGCCCUGGAUCGGGCCCUUGCGGUCCCCCAGUCGAAGGAGACUGUGAACGCUGACGCUGCACCCUGAAUCUACCCCGAAGAAGGUGGGGGUGAUCGGUGUGCAGGACGUUUUUGGUGAGUGCAAUUGUUAAUAAAAAUGUGACCACACAUAUACACACGCCAAUCUGGCACCGCCUGCCUUGCUGCUCCAGUAUUUCCUGCUGGCUGAGGGACUACUUAUUCCAGCUUCCAGUUUCCAGCCUGCAAGGUAGCUUGAUGCGCUCUCCACACUAUGUGUCUCCACCCUAUGAAUCCGGGCUAGGAUUCAGCAUCCCUCCACACCAUGGCUGGUCUCCGGCAGCCCAGCAGGGACCGAGAAAGUCGGUCACGUGAGCAUCCUGCUCACUAGGGCUGACAGUGGUGGCAGAGACAGGCACCGCCCCCGCGGCCAUAUGGUGGGAGCAGGAAAGGAGCCUGGGGGCCAGGGAGGGGCUGGGUAGCCCCGCACGGUGCUCCGGGGGACUGGUGGUACCAGCUGCGGUCAGGGUCAUCCCUGGAAGCCACAGGAGGUUUUCUGUGUAACCUCUCCCAGGGGGAGGGUAAUUUUGUAUUUUGAUGUAAUUUCCAGUUCAGAGAAAAGUUGCAAGAAUAGCGUAGUUCUUUCAUUGCCACGGUCCGGCUGCAGCGGGUCAAGGGGUCCCACAGAUGAGGGUAGGCGUCCGCGCUGGGUAACAGAUGACAACACGCCUCAAAGGACAGUGAAGCUCUGUUCCAUUUAUUGCAAGUACAAGUAGGUUUUUAUAUUUUCAUUUUAGGUAGUGAUUAACAUUUGCAGGUGUAUAGCAUGAUCAGUUAAGCAGAAAAAAUCAAUACAAAGGUAACCAGGAAAAGUAUGAAAGUUCUCAUAGAUUCAGUUAUAAUAAAUAAAGAUUAGUUUGACCAGGAGAGCCAUUAAUCAGACAAUUAGAAGUCGCUGUAUGUACAGAAUUCGAAUGUCUUCAUUGUAUAUUAAAGUUUCUCAAUUUAUCAUGGGGCAAAAGGAUACGGUAGAUUGAGUAGAGGUAAUAGGAAAUUUAUUAUAAGGCCUUUGUGAUGUCUAAUUUAGCUAUCUAUCCUUUUCUGUCUAAAAUGUUUCUCUGUGCACUAUAAACUGACUCUCUAGCAACUGUUUCUAUGUGUUUAGUUUGUAAUAGUUA